UGGAGAAAUUUCAUUAACUGUGCGGUGUCUUAACGCAAGCUGCACCACUUACCCUCUUCCGUCAGCCGCCAGAGGAUUGCCAAACUGGUGCAGCAACUUCACUGCAUCAAAUGCCCCAGAACAUGUCGGUGACCAACACAAAGACGGGCUUUUCAGUAAAGGACAUUUUGGACCUCCCUGAUACUAACGAUGAAGAAGGAUCGAUCACCGGGACUGAGGAAGAUACGGAGGGUUCUGAGGCGACUAAAACGCCUGGAGUGCUAGUGCAAAGUCCUUUAGAGAAUGUUCAAAACCUGCCUUUAAAGAAUCCGUUUUAUGAUAAUAGCGACAAUCCUUAUACCAGAUGGCUCGCAACUACGGACAGCAUCCAAUACUCAUUACACGGCCUAUCCGCAAACUCUCAAGACUCGUCUGCAAAAUCUCCGGAACCUUCAGCGGACGAGUCGCCGGACAACGAAAAGGAAACUUCGAGCAACGGCAGCGACUCCGGUAAGAAGCGCAAAAGGAGGGUGCUCUUUUCCAAGGCACAAACUUACGAACUCGAGCGCCGGUUUAGGCAACAGAGGUAUCUGUCAGCACCGGAGAGGGAGCAUCUCGCCAGCUUGAUCCGCCUGACUCCAACCCAAGUGAAAAUCUGGUUCCAGAACCAUCGAUACAAAAUGAAGAGAGCCAGGGCGGAGAAAGGUAUGGAAGUGACCCAUCUCCCUUCUCCUAGGCGGGUGGCCGUGCCUGUGUUAGUCAGAGAUGGCAAGCCCUGCCAUACGCUAAAAGCUCAGGACUUGGCAGCUACUUUUCAGGCUGGAAUUCCGUUCUCCGCGUAUAGCGCCCAGUCUCUCCAGCACAUGCAAUAUAACGCGCAUUACAGCGCCGCCACCACACCACACUUCCCAACAGCACAUCACUUGGUGCAAACGCAACAGUGGGCUUGGUGAACAAAUACUUUCUUGCAAAUGCAGGGCUGCAUUUUAAAGACCGUGGUAGGGAGCUUUCCAAACAAAAAUACACGACUUUUUAUUUUUGCAGCUUGACCCUUUCUCACCAGUUUAUUUUGGGGAUUGACGUGUGCGCCAUGUUUACAUGUUUUCGUUAAGAAAACCGGGUCAAGCCUCUCCCCAAAUUUAAGAAUGUUAAAGCUCUUGUGAAAUUUUGUAAAGUAUGUGUGUGUGUUGUAGAAAUGUUUUCCUUUUGUCCUUCGUGUUAUAAGCACGUGCAAACCACUUUAUGAUUAUAGAAAAUUGUAUUUCUUUCUUUUACAAUGGACCGAAUAUAUUUAUGGCCAUGAAUAAACAUUGGCAAUCUUUAGCUUAUUACAUUGGUUUGUUUCCUAUGUAAAUAUUUUGUGAUAACUGUUUGCAAUAUUAUGUUUGACCGUUCAGUGAGCUAUAUUUAGGGAAAAUGGAAAAUCAGUUGUCGAUAAAUAUCCCUCAUGUUAAUUUCAGUAACACCGCGCGCUGGCGAG